AUGUUCGUCUAAACCAAAAACUAAAAAAAACUCAGACUCUUCUCUAACAAUUCCUCAAUGACUUCUAGUAUGGAAUUAGCCCCUAAAUAUGAUGCUAUGUUUUCUGCUGAAGCUGAAUAAAGAAUUAAUGACUGGCUUGAUGCCUAGAAUAUAAUCUAAAAGGCUCCCGAAGAGCACUUCAGAGACUUCUUCUAAUAAAGCAAGGAACAAGCUCAAUAUUAAAUUAACUUACUUAUUCACUAAAAUUCUUUUAGCAAUGACAGUAGCUAAUAAUCCCUUCCUGAAUUAGAAAUGAGUUUAUCUUCAUCUUGCUCAUCUUGCAUUUCUUCUCCUGGAUCUCUUGAUUUAAAGAGAUCUCCCAUCCUCAACAGAAGAAGAAUUAAUAUUGGAGAUUUAUUAAUUUCAAACAAUUAAAAUUAAUAUGAUUCCAUUUAAGAACUCCGUUUCUGA